UUUAUGCCCAAUAGGUGCACUAAAAAUUAGAAAAUCAGAAUUUUCAAUUCAGAUUUUGUAUUGAUUCGAGACGUAUUUUUUGUUCAUCGAACAUAAAUAAAUAAACUAUUUCAGUUCAAGAUAUUAGCUUUUAUUUUCAGUAUUUUUGUAUUAGUGACAUGAAAACCUGCUGCACCUUGUUACACUACAUUUUACCUUCGGAAUUAAUCAUAUCAGAAUAAAUAAAAAGCAUUUUAAAAACACAAUGUCUACACGUGAAAUUCUUACCAUUCAGUUAGGCCACUACUCCAAUUAUGUAGGUGCACAUUUUUGGAAUAUACAGGAAUUAAGUUUCGAUUAUACUGGAACAGUAAAAACCGAAGUCAACCAUGAUAUUUUAUAUAGAGAGGGCCAAACAUCCACCGGAGAGGUUACUUAUACACCAAGAUUACUAUUGGCGGAUUUAAAAGGUUCUCUUAAAACUUUGCCAGCAACCGGGGGUCUCGAAAGUGCAACCAAUGAUGAAGGCGAUCUUCCUUGGUCGUAUGUUGAAAAGAUAGAGGAUCCUCCAGCUGAGAAAAAUGAAUUUCUGUCUGAUAUUGAAGCUGAAAACCCACCAGACACCCAAGAUAAAAAAUACAUUUUAGAAGACAAUAUAAAUACGUGGACUGACUAUCUAUACCCCAGAUUUCAUUCACGGACAAUAAAUGUAAUAAAAAGUUAUCAACAUGGAGAUGAACAUGAAGGUUUUGAUAUAGGAAGCACUGGCCGAUCAAUAUGGAAAUCAGAUUAUGGUGAUACCUUUACAGACAAUAUACGGAAAUAUGUUGAAGAAUGCGACAGCAUGCAAGGAUUUCAAGUGAAUUUUGAUUGUUACAAUGGAUUUUCUGGAUUAGCCAUUGGAUGUAUUGAGCAUUUAGCAGAUGAAUAUUCCAAGACUGUACUAGCAUACCCCAUAAUACCUUCAUAUUUUAAUGACAAUAAUCCUGCUAAUCAAGAAGAAAGAGAUACAUCUAAUUUGAAGGAUUCAAUGCGGCUGGUUAAUAUAGCACUUGCAAUUGAAGAAUUGUCACAGAAUGCUAGUCUUUUUGUGCCUUUAUGUACUAGUGAUAAGGGUUGGAGAAAACCUGGGAAUCCCAGAUCAUUUGAAUAUGUUUCAUAUAAUCAUGCAUUGUAUUAUCAUUCCUCUGCUUUGUUAGCAUCUGCUUUAGAUACCUUGAGCCAAAAGUAUAGACAUAAAACAAAUAUCUAUACCUUGUCCGAUAUGUGUGCUGAUCUGACAGGCUAUGGGAGGAAAAUGGCUGCUGCCUCUCUAAGACUACCAUUUGCAUUCCAUGAGUCAGAAUAUCUUAUUGACUACUUAAAUACUACCACACAGCCUAUAUACACUCCUAUAACACCAAGUUGUAAGAUUGCAACUGACAAAAUAUUCCAGCUUAUAACAGUGAGAGGUAUUCCCGAAAACUAUUUGAAAGCACCAAUGAAAGAGGCUAAGGAACAAAUGAACAUUCCAGCCUACAGAUGUAGAGACAUUAAAGAAAUGUUUGAACUCUAUUUCCAAGCUAAUAACUUCUUGUCUGCAACAAAUGUUACAGUUUGUGACAAACCAUUGGAAGUGAAGAAUCCAUAUCCAAAUAUAUUUUCUGAUAAACUAAACAAGUAUGGCUUUAUUCAAGAUGAUGCAAGGACAUCUAAUAUUCAGAGUUGUCCUGUCAUAGCUGGAUACCAUAAUGGGAACUUCAUGGCAGAUAUGAUAGAAAAACUGCACAGAGAAGUGAGCAGAAUCAAAUUUGCGAAAUUGCAUAAAUUCAAAGAAGAAGGAUUGGAAGCUGCUGAUUACCAGGAGUGCCUUGAUAGACUUGCUGAGUUUAAGGAUAAUUACGAAGACGACUUCGAACUAUAAGUUGUUAUUUAAUUAACUGUCUCAAAUAAUAAGCUUUAACACAAAUAAAACAAUAUUUAUGAAA